AAAUGUUUUGUUCACAGUAUGAGUAGCGAAAUUGUAUUUGUUCGAUUUAUCAAUGUACCAAAUUGUUUUAUACAUUUAUCAAAGGAUAAUUAUGACAAACUUAUAGGACCAUCGGUACGAGGUCUUAAAUUAGUCACCUCAGAAGGAAGAGAGUUGUUUUUUUCAUCUUAUCCAGUGCCUUAUGCAGGAUUAACCAGUGAAUGUAUAGGUAUUAGCAAUAAAUAUGCAAAAGCUCUGCAACUUAAUGAAAAUGAAGAAAUUAUUGUUAGACCUGUCUAUAAUAUUGGCUCUAUUCAGUCAGUCAAUGUGACUCCGGUUUCUGAGGAUGACUUUGAGAUUCUGCGAUCUUCAUCUUUAGAAGUUGAAGGGUCUCUCUUGAAUCAGUUAAGGAUUGUAUGGCCCAAACAAAUAUUUCCAGUUUGGGUUUCAAGAAAUGUUUCUGUAAAUUUAGUUGUUGAUUCUUUUUCUCCUAAUUUGAAUUAUGGCAGAUUAGAAGAAUACACAGAAGUUGUAGUCUGUGAUGCAGUAACGAAAAAUGACAUUAAAAAAAUAAAACCUGCAUCUACAGAUCAUGUGACGACUUCUGUAAAAAAUUUAAAAGAAAAACUGGAAGAAUCUAAAACACUCAAGUUUCGGUGUGUUAUUUUAGAUAAAGCUCCAAAACAAGACAAUAUAUUUAGUACUCAUCCAUAUGUUGUUUUCGCCUCUCAAGAAUCAAUUCCAGGAUGGGCUCUGACCACUAUAUCAUCUAAUAAAAAGACUGUCUGGAAAUUGAGGAAGAGGGAUGAGGAUGGAUUGAGCUGUUUCGUUAGUUUAUUAAUUAUAGAACCAAACGAAUGCAAAAAGACCUGUGACUAUAAUUUUAAACACCUUUAUAUUUCAGAUAUUUUGAAAAAUCAAUUAGGUUUGGAGCUUGGUUUGAAGGUUUCUUUAGACCUAGUUGAUUAUACUGAAGUUGCUCAAGUUACAGGAAUUUUAAUAUCUUCUAAUUUUGAUAUGGAUAAAGAGAAAUUAAUCACUGAUGUUCGUGAAACUUUUACUCAAGCUGUUAACCAGCAUGGUGACCUGCUUAUAAAUACUAAAACUAGUUACCCUCUAAGUCAAGGAAGUAUUAUUGUUACUUUAAGACCUCUUCAUGUAGAAUGGACUUUUAUUAAUAUACAUAAAAUAAAAGAGUUAACUAUUCAUUUAAAUGAAUAUACUCAGCGAAAUGAACAAGGUUCAAACAGCAGUAAUUUAGUUCAUCAAUCUGAAUCUGGAAAUUACGUAGUAAUUUUUGAAGAAUUAUUCAAAAAGGGAAAACUGGCUAUAGAAAUUUCGUUGGCACUGCAGGAAGUCAAAAGUAAUAGGUUUUAUGACAACGUUAUUUAUGUUGGAAAACCUGGCUCUGGUAAAACAUCGCUGGUUAAUUAUCUUUUACAAAAAUUGAAUGGACCACCAUUUUACAUCUAUACAAAAACUAUUAACUGCUGUUUACUUAAAGGUAAAAGGGUUGAAGCUUUGGGUAAAUACAUGACAGACAUUUUAUCAAACUGCGUCAUACAUGAACCUUCAAUUUUAUUCCUUGAUGAUUUAGAUAUUUUAUCAGUUUCAUUAGAAGAUGCUUCUGAACAGGCCUUCCAUUUGAUUCGGAUUACCAAUAAAUUGGUAGAAAUCAUCCAAUCAUACCAGGAUAAACAUUUUUUCUCAGUUGUCGGCGCUGUGAAAAGUUUAGAUGAUAUCAAUCCAAAACUGUUUUCAAAAAAAGGGAAAUCUUUUUUUUCUACUAUUGUAACAGUUCCUGAUCUUUCUAGAGAUGAUUGCUUAGAAUUGGUGAAGAAAUUGGUAUUUAAGAUUUCUGGGUCUGAGUUGAGUGAUGAUAUAUUUUUGAGAGAUAUCAUUUAUCAAUGUGAGGGAUAUACUCCUCUUGAUCUUAAGAGACUUACUGAAAAAGCAGUCUUUGAGGCUUGGCAAAGAAAAGUACAGUUCGGAGGAAACUUUGUUCUGAAAAAAGAAGAUUUUGAUGUUGCUUUUAAAAAUAGUAAACCUUCUUCACUUCAGAAUAUUAAUUUACGGAAAUGUGUUAAUAAAUGUUGGCUUAAUGUAGGAGGCUUAGAAGAAGUUAAAGCUAAACUGAUGGAAGUUAUCUGUUGGUCAACAUUGUACCCUGAAAUUAUGAAACAAUGCCCUGUUAAACCGCAGACAGGAAUCUUAUUGUAUGGCGCACCUGGCACAGGUAAAACAUUGAUAGCUAGUGCUUUAGCUGGAGAAAGUAAAAUGAACUUUAUUAGUAUAAAGGGACCUGAGCUCAUGUCAAAGUAUAUUGGAGAAAGUGAAGAAGGGGUCAGAAAAUUAUUUGAAAAAGCUCAAGCUGCUAAACCAUGCUUGUUAUUUUUUGAUGAAUUUGACAGUUUGGCUCCGAGGCGAGGACAAGACCAGACAGGAGUUACAGACCGUGUGGUAAACCAGAUGCUCACUGCUCUGGAUGGUGUUGAUUCCUUAUCAGGAGUUUGGAUCAUCGCUGCUACAUCAAGGCCAGACCUCAUUGAUCCUGCAAUAUUAAGGCCUGGCCGGAUUGGAAUAUCUGUUUUUUGUCCCCUACCAGAUAAGGAUACAAGACAUGCGAUUUUGAAGGUUCUUUGUAAGACAGUCCAUCUUUCUAAUGAUGUUGAUUUAGAAGAAAUAGCUUCAUUAACAGAUGGUUUCACUGGAGCUGAUCUACGUGGUCUGCUGACUUCGGCACAAAUUAAAACUCUCGAUUUGUUGCAAGAUAAUGAUACUUUUUUUCAUGAAGAAAAUUUAUCUGAAAAGGAAGUGAAACAAGUCGAACUUUCAAAGGAUUGUUUAAUGACAGCUCUAAAAGAAUUAAAACCUUCUUUAACACCUAAUGAAAAAAUCAGAUAUGAAAACAUCUAUGAAAAAUUCACAAAGCGCCUUCCUAUGGACUUGUCUCAGCAGAAAGUGACUCAUGCCUGAACGAACAAGGAGUUACCUUUACUGCUUCCAUAA